AUGAGAGACGAAAGAAAAAGGGUUAAGGAUCAGGAAGGAUCCGAGAAACGUGAUAGUAGACGUCCUUUAACUGUUCGAGAUGUGAGUUUAAUUCGCUUGGCAAAGAAUGGAGAUUUGGAUUCAAUCAAACAAAUGAUAAAGGAAGGAGUAAACAUAAACGAGCAAGAUGAAACAGGUUGGACUGUAUUGCACGAAGCAUGUGUGCGGAACCUUCCACGUAUGGUUGAUUAUUUGCUACGACAUGGAGCUGAUCCUAGUAUCUCAAACACAAGCGGUGAAAUGGCACUUCAUUGUGCUGCGCGAGUAGGAUGUCUGCGUAUUGUUCGAGCGCUCAUAUACUACAACGCCGACCCUUUGGUGUCGAACCACAGGGGUGAGAAACCUUUGGACUUGUGUCAUGACCCUGAGGUAUCCAGUUUUCUCAAACAACAUACUGAAACUAACCAAUCACACAUGUUAACAUCGUCUGGUUCUGGGAAAUCAUCACAUUCGAAAGUUCGCCAACAUGCACACGGUACAAAACAUCUGAUGUCUUCUUUUUCUGGUACGACAAUAUCCAGUUCUACUGAAUAUUAUGGUGGUGGGGGUAAAGAUAACAGUAGUAUAGCAAGUCCAUCAAAUGUUUGUUCAGACUCAGAAGAUGAUGGUCAUUCGCAUUCAGGUUUGAGUGUAACUACCAAUACAUCUCACCAUAAUAUUAGUCCUAUUAAUACUAACCAGCAGUUAGAUUUGAAUUGCUUAUCAUCUACCGGUCAUCAUAACCAUCCAACAUCUAGCCCAUCAUUGUCGUCUGUACCCAAAUCCGUAACUGAUGUGCACAUCUCUUCAGCAAAGUCAUUGAAGAAAGAUCCCUACGCGUUUGAAGAUGAUGAGAAUGAUGGGACGGUGAACAAUUCUGGGAACUCACUACUUCAUUCUGCGUCUGGUGUUAAUAAUAGUAAUAAUACCAAUACACAGGCGACAGGACAUAUUGGAGUUCAUUCUGGUUGUGGUGUUAGUGUUGGUGGUCCAGCCAAUUUGAAUAAGUCAACUUCUUCCAAUUCUACCAUUUCUUCUUCUUCUACUACUACUACUAUUACCACCACCACCACUACUACUACUUCUGUCAAUACAAAUACGAAUACUAGUCCAAAUAGUAAUAUCAGUCUUGGUAGUAUUGAUUCACUUUCAAAGCACACACGCCAACUGUCUUCUUCCAAUUUGUCAACAACUGUGGAGUGUGGAAAUACCACUUUGGAUAGUAAUAACGAUAAUACAUUGACGACAUUGACUGGUACAAUCAAUAGUGCUCUUACUACAACUACUGCUCCCAAUAAUAGUAGCAAUUACACAACUAGUAACAACAACUGUGCUAGUAUUGGUGGGCCUCCACUUCGGCUUCGUUUUGCAAAAGAAGCCGGUCAAUAUACUUUGAUGGAACAUCAACAACAACAGAUUGAUUUAUCCCUUUCGAAUUGUGAUGCAAAUCUUGUUCCUUCAUCAAGUGGAAUUAUUUGUACAACAACUGAAGCAUCUCAUAUCACUGUCAUUAAUGAUAGUGACAACGAUAACAAGAACAUGAAUUUUCAAAUGGAUAUUGAUAACAAUAAUAAUAAUAAUAAUAGUAGCGAUAAUGUCAGUAAUGAGCAUAACUCCAAUAUGGGUACAUCGAUGACGAUAAAAAGUGAGCCAAUCACCGUAUCAGGUGAUGAAGAAUUGAAUCAUGUGUCUACAUCAUGCCAUUCAGAGUCAUCAGGAGGCGAAGAAAUCUCGGCACAGAAGGUUCCUCCUUUACGCAUAAAAUUUGCUUCGGGUACUUCUGGAGAUGAGUCAUCAUCAAUGACGUCGUCGUGCAUGUCAGUUGGAGCAACUGGUGGUGGAUUGGCAAUUCAUGCUAUUAAUAAUGUGGAGAAUAAUUGGACUAAUGAGUCAAAUAUGAAUGAUAAAUGCGACGUGAAACCUCGUGUAUCUGAUGAUGGUUUGAUGACUGUGAAUAACAAAAGUGAUGGUAAGGAGGUUGGAGUCACUGUCACUUCUCUGGUUUCGACGAGUGUCGUUUCAUUGAAUGCUCCAGUUCCUGACAAAGUUUCAUGUUCAAGCGUGGAGAAUAUCGGCGACGGUAACAGCGGCAGUAGUACUACUACCACCAUUACUGCUACCGGCACUACCGAAACUGUGCACGAUCAAUAUUCUAGCUACCAUGAGAAGUUAUCUAAGUCUUGUGAUCAUGUUGUUGCAACGAAUGUACACCAUGACGAAUCGAGUACAGAGUUGUCCAUAUCUUGUACUCCCCCAUCAACAUGUAUCACUAGUGCUGGGAUGAACACUAGUGUGAAUAUUACGAGUGGUGUUAACACUGUUGAGAUGAAUAGCAAUCGUAGUAAUGCAAGUAAUGCAAGUAAUGCUAAUCGGGUGAAGAUGGAUAAUACGCUGGAGACGAGUGAGUGUCAUGGAAAGAGUGGCAAUAAUAAUAGUAAUAAUAAUAACAACAACAACAACCACACGCACAAUCGAAGUAAUAAUAAUAGUAAUAAUACGAAUAAUGGUAAUCGAGAAGUGUCGAAAGAUACUCAUCGACAUCGUAGUGGGCGUACAUUACGUUCACAUACAGCUGCUCAACGUGAAAAAGAAGAGAAGGAACGUCACACGGAUGACGCUACUCCGAUUAAGAAGCGUAAACUUCGUUCUCGUUCGGAUACUGUGACAAAUCAUGAGAAUAUCAGUCAACAGAGUCGUAGUGGUGGUGGAAUUGGGACAGUAAAUGCAAAUAAUUCACCUGUAACAACUGUUCAUGCUGGUUCGUCAACUGAAUCUUCUAAUGUGUCGUUGUCUUCAAAUGCUGUUGCAAACAUGGAUGUGAUGGAAGAUACACAUGGUUGUUCAUCUGUGACUGCUUCUUCUCAAAGUGACAGUCGCAUGGAUAAUGAAGAGAAGAAGGUGUCUGUCGGGAGCUCUCAGUCUACAGUGCUGACGGAUAAAGAUACUACUGAUGUGCAUAUGACUUGUGUUUCUGAAAUGGAAGGAGGACAUUCUGUUUCAUCGUCUACCACCACUUCUUCUUCUACUAAUACUACUGCUACUACUACCACUCAUACUCAUACUCCUACUCCUACUAAUACUACUACUACUACUACCACCACUACUGACAAUGAUAACAGCAACAAAAUGGAAGUGGAUGGGAAACCAGAGAUGUGUGGAACUGCUGUGUCAGUUGUGACAUUGAAUAUGGAUGGAUCGAAUGAUGUGAAUGUCGUGUCAUCAGUCUCCGAAGUAGGAGUGACGACGGUGGUAACAACAACAGUAGGUGUAGCAGGAAUAGCAACAUCAACUCCAUCAUCAUCGUCAUUAGCGGAACAGAUAGGUGGAUGCUAUAGUGAAGCAGAUUGUGAUAUGAGUUAUUUAUUUUGUCCCUCUGCUCCUGGAGAUGAAGAUCGUAAAGAUGUUGAGUUGUUGAAAUUUCAAAAUCCAUAUGACAAAGCUGCUGAACUGAACAAGAAUUUGCGUGAACUUGUCAAUAAUCUGGUGAAGGUCCAUCCGAAAGCACCUUGUGGUUAUCAAGAUUACCUGUUGGUUACUCGUAAUUACCUAUUGGCUAAUCAACUCUCAUUUGCUACAUAUGUGAAACGUUCAGCACCGAGUCAUUUGGAAGCGACGUUUGUGGAAUUAUUCAAUGAACAAGAAGAAGAACGCUAUGCUCAGGCAUUGAAACAUCAAUCGGAACGAGAACACUUACAACUGGGCGCAGAACAAGCUGUUUUACGUGCUCAAACACGUGGUGCUUUAGCAGUGGCCAAUCAAUCGAAACCAUAUUCGUUUUGUUCAAUAUUAUCCUAUAAUGAUUUGACGUAUAUUCCACCAGUUGGUAAAUUAGAGAAUCGAGAAGAAGAGAAUAUACGCGAUCGUUUCACCCCUCGUACAUUUAUCGGUUGGCUUCAAGACAUUAUCGAUACAUUUCAGAAUGAAAAGAAGAAAUUACUCUGUCGACAACUCCAUGAAGCUGAGUCACUAAUGAUGGUGCAGAAACUUGAUUGGGAAAUGAAAACGCGUGAAACAUUGGCGUCGAAUAUCGAUUGUAUUGGUGUUGUGGAUGUAUUCAAAGACAUUCCAGCUAAUUAUGUUCCACUAAUCCCAGUGCCUAAUGAUUUUCCACUGUUCGCUCAUGACCCGAAAGAAUAUUCAUCAAAUGUUUCUCAUCGACCCAGUACAAUGAACAACUCUAUCAAAGUAUCACAAAAAUCCUAUGAUUCUCUUCAAUCAUCAUCAUCAUCAUCAUCAUCAUCAUUAUCAAAUAAGCCAAAAUUAUCCCAAAAAGAAAUUAAUGAAAUUAUUGAACGUUUAACAAAAUAUGAUAAAACAAUUGGACCGCCUGAAUCAAAUAAUGCAAAAAUCUAUUUAGGCUAUGGAAGAUAUGAAUAUCCACAUAGAAAAUAUACAAGUAAAGUAUUUAAACAUUUAACUAGAACAGAGAUAGAUAAUUUAAUUGAAAGAUUAACUAAUGAAAAAUUACCAAACCAUCCAAGUACUAACUCCUUUACAAAUCCUAUUUCAUAUAUGAAAUGUAAUGCUCAUAAAUUACAAGAAAUCAUUGAACAUUUAACAAGUGAUAAUCCAUCUAAACUUCCUAUAGAAUCAACAUUAGCUAGAAAAUAUCUUGGUUUUAAUCGUUAUGAUUAUGGUUGUUCAUUAGAAAGUCAAAUUAGACCAAUAAUGAAGAAAUUAACUAAAGAAGAAAUUCAUCAUGUCAUUGAACGUUUAACACAAUAUGAUAUUAAUAAAUAUCCACCAGAAUCUAAUGGACAUAUGAUUAAGAAAUGA